AUGGCUCGUGGACCCAAAAAGCACUUGAAGCGCCUCAAUGCCCCCAAGCACUGGAUGCUGGACAAGCUCACCGGCACCUAUGCCCCCAGACCUACCGCCGGUCCUCACAAGCUCCGUGAGUGCUUGCCCCUCGUCAUCUUGAUGCGCAACCGUCUGAAGUACGCCCUCAACGGUAAGGAGGUUCAGUCCAUCCUUAUGCAGCGUCUUGUCAAGGUUGACAACAAGGUCCGUACCGACUCUACCUUCCCCGCUGGAUUCAUGGAUGCCAUUACCAUCGAGAAGACUGGUGAGAACUUCCGUCUCGUCUACGAUACCAAGGGUCGCUUCACCGUCCACCGUAUCACCGCCGAGGAGGCCAAGUACAAGCUGUGCAAGGUCAAGAAGGUCCAGCUCGGUGCCAAGGGUAUCCCCUUCGUCGUCACCCACGACGGUCGCACCCUCCGUUACCCCGACCCCUUGAUCAAGGUCAACGACACCGUCAAGCUUGACUUGGAGACUGGCAAGUUCAACGAGUACAUCAAGUUCGAGGUCGGCAACGUCGCCAUGGUCACCGGUGGUCGUAACACUGGCCGUGUCGGUGUCAUCACCCACCGUGAGCGUCACGUCGGAGGUUUCGAUAUCGUCCACAUCAAGGAUGUCCUCGACCGCCAGUUCGCUACCCGUCUCUCCAACGUCUUCGUCAUUGGUGAGGGUAACAAGCCUUGGGUCUCUCUCCCCAAGAACAAGGGUGUUAAGCUCACCAUUGCCGAGGAGCGUGACCGUCGCCGCGCCGCCAACUAA